AUGUUGCCAGUCCAAAAAAACAUCAAAAUAGAACACCCACACAACAAUUUUACUUAUCUACAAGUCCUGUAUAACUUCGAGAAAUAUUACAAUGCCGAUACGUCGUUUAAAUCGACUCCUGCGCAGUAUAUAAGCAGUCUGCGCUCGAGUUUAAAGCAUCAGUCUCACUGUAUAGCUGAGAGGAUACACACACACAAACCAAAAAUGUUCGGAAAAUUGUUCGUUUUCUUCGCCAUGCUGGUGGUAGCCCUGGCCAGGGAGUACCCAGCAGGUGUGCACCCAGCUGUGUGCCCGAACUACCCAUACUGUGACGCGGAUGCCCUUGCCCGCCACACCCCUGACGGCAUGCCCAUCCCGCAAUGGGGAUACCACCCUGGUGUUGCACCAGCUGCUCCUGGCGCUGUUCCCGCCGCUCCGAGGUAUCCCGCAGACUUCCCCCCAGCGCUCUGCCCCAACUACCCCUACUGCUGGUGAAUAACCCAUAAAGCAAAAAACCUUUUCCGACGCAACUAUAUGACAGCUUUACCAUCUUAGAAGAAUGAAGACGCUGCCAACCUCUUUCGUAGAAACUAUCCGAACGCAUUUUUAAUCUGUGCUUAAGUCAUCCAUCUGUCAAUGUCAUGUAGUUUUU